UUAUCCGUGAUCACAUGCCCACACAAUUUUUCUUGGCCCUGGUCACACCACCCCCCUACCUUCCAAACCAAUCUAUUAUGGCAAGUUUCCCACCUCACAUAAAAAUGAACCAACCAGGCCACAAUCAUCAAUACAACACCACCACACCUUCUUUACUCACCUUCUUCAUUGUCAAUUCUACGCAAUCAAACACACAUCAUGGCCUCAUCAAACAACCCACCACCACCAGACAGGAGAAACUCCAACACCCAACUGUUAGAAGAGCUCGAAGCUCUCAGCCAGACACUUAACAACACCAACACUUCUUCCAUUUUACCCGCCAAAGGCCGACGCACCAACUCUCUUGUUCUUUCCAGAACCUCAAUCCCUCCAAUACUCUCCACUGGCGGCAAAGCUGGUGAUGAUCAUGAUGAUGACGAUGAUGGGAUCAAACUCAACCCCAAACCGCGAUCAAGGCGUAUGUCAUUAUCGCCUUGGCGGUCUCGUCCAACUGAAGAACCUACUCAAAAACAACCUGUUGCAGUUAGUAAGAAUUUGUUUCAAGAUACCAAAAGCCAAGAAUCUUCAUCAUCAUCUUCAGAAAAGAAAGGAGGGUUAUGGAACUGGAAGCCUAUUCGGGUACUUUCUCAUAUUGGAAAACAGAAACUGAGCUGUUUAUUAUCAGUUGAAGUUGUGACGGUUCAAGGCUUACCGGCAUCGAUGAACGGGCUUCGGCUAUCGGUUUCUGUAAGGAAGAAAGAAACAAAAGAUGGUGCAGUUCAAACUAUGCCUUCAAGAGUCUCUCAAGGGGCUGCCGACUUUGAAGAGACUUUGUUUAUGAGGUGUCAUGUUUAUUGCACUCCAGCAGGAAGCGGAAAUCCACGGGCCAAAUUCGAACCUCGACCUUUUGUGAUCCAUGCUUUUGCAGUUGAUGCUGAAGAGCUUGAUUUCGGACGCCAUAGUGUUGAUUUAAGCCAGUUGAUCCAGGAAUCUGUUGAAAAGAACUUUGAAGGAACGAGAAUCCGGCAAUGGGAUAUGAGCUUUAAGUUAUCAGGAAAGGCGAAAGGAGGAGAACUAGUUAUGAAGCUUGGGUUUCAGAUUAUGGAAAAGGAGGGAGGAGCUAGUAUUUAUAAUCAGGUUGAAGGGCUGAAAUCGAGCAAGUCUAAAACUUUCUCGCCUUCAAUUGGGCGUAAACAGUCCAAAUCGUCGUUUAGUAUUCCUAGUCCGAGAAUCCCGAACAGGGCAGAGGCAUAUGCACCUUCUCAAGCAGAAGGGGGAAAUGUCGACUUUCAAGGCAUUGAUGAUCUGAAUCUUGAUGCUCCGCCUCAGGAACCGGUAGUAGCGCCAGUUCAGAAGAAGACCGACGAGGCCGAGUCAAAGGUGGAGGAUCUUGAUCUUCCGGAUUUUGAGGUUGUAGACAAAGGGAUUGAAGUAGAAGAAAGAGACGGGACGGACGGGACACAGUCGGAAGAUAACUCGGACAAAAGAUCGGUCUCGAGUGAGGUUGUGAAAGAGAUUGUGCAUGAUCAAGUACAUCUCACCCGGUUGUCGGAGCUUGAUUCUAUUGCCCAGCAAAUCAAAGCUCUUGAAUCAAUGAUGAGGGAGGAGAAAAACGAGGAGAAUGAAGACACCGAGUCACAAAAGCUAGAUGAAGAUGAAGACAAAGUGACAAGGGAGUUCUUCCAGAUGCUCGAAAAUGAAGACAGAAAAGAAACGACAUUCGACGUAACUGCUACCUCGUCUGUUGAUGGUGAUGACGAGAAGGUUUUCGUACCAGAUCUCGGGAAGGGAUUAGGUUGUGUGAUUCAAACAAAAAAUGGAGGUUACUUGGUAUCCAUGAACCCAUUCGACAAUCUAAUGGGGAAAAAAGACACACCAAAACUCGCAAUGCAGAUAUCAAGACCAAUGGUUCUCGUAUCGGAUGAAUCAUUGACUGGUACUGAAUUGUUUCAACGAAUGGCGGCGCUCGGUUUCGAAGAACUAAGCACAGAGAUCUUAUCAUUGAUGCCUAUAGAGGAACUAGUGGGUAAGACAGCAGAACAGAUAGCUUUCGAAGGGAUUGCUUCAGCGAUCAUCAGUGGCAGGAACAAAGAAGGAGCCUCUUCGAGUGCUGCUCGUGCCAUUGCUGUGGUAAAAUCUAUGGCUACAGGCAUGACUACGGGAAGGAAUGAGCGGAUAUCAUCCGGUAUCUGGAAUAUGAACGAGAACCCAUUAACAGGAGAUGAAAUACUUGCAAUUUCAUUGCAGAAAAUCGAAGAUAUGGGAGUUGAAGCCUUAAAAGUUCAAGCAGAUAUAACCCAAGAAAACGCUCCUUUUGAUGUUUCUCCGAGCAGCAACAGUAAAAGUAACCCGUUCGCAAACGCUAUUCCCCUAGAGGAUUGGAUGAAAGAUAACAGUGUGGUCAGUUCCUAUAACGAAGAUGAAACUAUCACUAUAUCAGUUGUGAUCCAGAUGCGGGAUCCCCUAAGACAAUAUGAAGCAGUUGGAGGCCCGCUUAUUGCGCUGAUCCACGCAACAUCUGUUGAAGCUGAACCAAAUCAAGAAAAGAAGUUCAAAGUGGCCAGUUUAAAUGUUGGUGGUCUGAAACUAAGAAGUGGAGGAAAAAAGAACGAGUGGGAUACCGAGAAGCAGAGGCUAACAGCAAUCCAAUGGUUGGUAGCUUAUGGACUCGGAAAGGCAAGGAAGAAAGGGAAGCGUGUAAUGGUCAAGGGUCCAGACCUCUUGUGGAGCAUAUCCUCACGUGUGAUGGCCGAUAUGUGGCUUAAAUCAAUAAGGAAUCCGGAUGUCAAGUUCACAACCUAAAUAAGAGUUCAGCAAGUUUUGGCAUGAAUAUACAGCAUGUAGUUGCUUACUAAACUAUAAAAGAAGGAUCAAAAAGAAAAUUAAGAUAUCAAUAAGUUUCUCAGACACCAUAUAUUAUUUUAUUGUUUCUUUUGUAUUGUAAACAUAAGUAGACUUGUUAAGUUCUUGAGAUGUUUGUUUAUUCAUUUACCCUGUAUCUAUUUAUUGAAGCUAUUUCUUACUUGA